UCUAUUUUAGGCUGCACGUAUUUCCAAUUUGAAGGGCGACAGACCCGAAAAGCCCGCGAAAAGCUUCUGACAGGCACCAAGAACACACACACCACCUAGAAAGAAUCCAUGGAAAUUAAGGUUAGGGUUUCGUUACCUUCACAUUUCUUUUUCCCUCGACCUGGCCCCCUAUUCAGGCCGCGAAUGAAACUUGCAUAAACCCUAGCUAGUUAAUUUACUCGUCAUGAAACCAACGAAUAUAAUUAGAAACUAGGCUUUUCGUUUUUCUUUUGCGUGUGUGUGUGUGUGUGUUUUUGUUUUCGGUUAUAUACGUAUAUGUAUAAAGGUGGAGGCCCAUGGUGAUGGAUGGAGAGAUGAGAGACGAAGGUGAAGGUGGAGGUUGCGGAGGUGGAGGCGGAGGUGGAGGAGGAGGAGAGGAAACUGCCGAGGGUGUGAUAGAAUUGGUUGCUCAAUUCGGGGAUUACCGAAGGACGCAGAGGAAAGAAUGCUAUAACCUGGUGCGGCGUAUGAAGCUCUUGUUGCCGCUUUUCGAAGAGACGAGAGAGCUGGAUGGGCCAAUUCCGGAAAGGGGGGUUGCUUGGUUGGCUAAUUUGAAGAAGGUGCUUCUUAUGGCCAAGAAAUUGUUGAAGACUUGUAAUGAGGGGAGCAAAAUUUAUCUGGCACUUGAAAGUGAAGGAAUCAUGGUUAGAUUUCAUGCAGUUCAUGAAAAACUCAGUCAGGCUCUAGAUGGUUUGCCUGAUGAACUUUGCAUCUCAGAUGAAGUUAAGGAACAGGUUGAACUCAUGAUCAUGCAACUUAGACGAGCAAGGAAGCGAACAGAUACACAGGACAUAGAACUUGCAAUGGAUAUUAUGGUGGUUUUGUCCAAAAAAGAAGAUAGAAAUGCUGACAGUGCCAUUAUAGAGAGGUUGGCGCAAAAGCUAGACCUCCAUAAAAUUGAGGACCUUAACAGAGAAGCAAUAGCUAUACGGAACCUUGUUAAAGAAAGAGGAGGGCCAAGUGGAGAGACUACUCAGCAAAUCAUUGAUCUUUUUAACAGAUUCAGACAAAUCGCUGGAAUGGAAGCAACCAAUGUUAUUGACGACCCUGUUAUGCCUAAAAUGCUUGAGAAGUGCCCAUCUUUGAUGAUCCCUCACGAGUUCCUCUGCCCAAUCACGCUAGAAAUAAUGACGGAUCCUGUUAUUGUUGCAAGUGGACAGACAUAUGACAGAGAAAGCAUACAAAAGUGGUUUGACACCAAUCAUAGAACAUGUCCUAAGACCAGGGAAACUCUGGCUCACUUGUCACUUGCACCAAAUUAUGCUCUCAAAAAUCUAAUCAUGCAGUGGUGUGAGAAGAACAAUUUCCAGCUCCCAAAGAAAGAAACGUCCGCAGGCCAGGAAAGUUCCUCCACCGAACACAAAGAGGAGAUCUCAUCAUUGGUUGAACGGCUAUCUUCCAAUCAAUUAGAAGUGCAGAGGAAGGCUGUGAUGAAGAUUCGUUUAAUCUCAAAAGAGAAUCCUGAGAACAGAAUUUUGAUUGCCAAAAGUGGAGGAAUCCCACCACUGGUGCAACUUCUUUCCUAUCCAGAUUCUAAAAUUCAACAGCAUGCAGUGACGGCUCUUUUGAAUUUAUCGAUUGACGAAACAAACAAGAGACUGAUAACCAGAGAAGAAGCGAUUCCAGCUAUUAUAGAAGUCUUGCAGAAUGGAAGCACAGAAGCUAGAGAGAAUUCUGCAGCAGCUUUAUUUAGCUUAUCAAUGCUGGAUGAGAACAAAGUAGCUGUGGGGUUAUCAGAUGGCAUUCCGCCGUUAGUCGAUUUAAUGCAGAAUGGGACGAUUAGAGGUAAAAAAGAUGCUGCCACAGCACUGUUCAACUUAUCUUUGAACCAAUCAAAUAGGUCGAGGGCCAUUAAUGCUGGCAUUGUACCACCUCUACUCCAGAUACUCAAGGACAGAAACUUGGGCAUGGUCGAUGAAGCCCUCUCCAUCUUCUUACUUCUUGCAUCACAUCCAGAUGGACGGCAAGAGAUUGGACAGCUCUCAUUCAUUGAGACUCUUGUUGAAUUUAUCCGAGAAGGAACUCCCAAGAACAAGGAAUGUGCAACAUCAGUUCUUCUGGAGUUGGCGUCAAACAAUUCAUCCUUCUUACUGGCCGCACUUCAGUUUGGAGUGUAUGAGCAUUUGGUUGAGAUCACAGGGAGUGGAACCAAUAGAGCUCAAAGGAAGGCAAAUGCACUUAUGCAAUUGAUAAGCAAGACUGAACAAAUUCCUUGAACUUGUGUAAAAUGCGUUCUCGUUUAUUUGCUGAUUAUGCUUUUCUUUAUUUGAUUCUUGGGCCAAAUGCACCUCUCACCAGAAAUCAACAUGCUUAGUAAAGUUGGAGUCUACUCGUCGACUUUCCUUUUC